AUAACGUAAACAUAGAUCGUAGUUUGUAAAAUUGUUUUAAAAUUAACUAUGAGCAGCCGUAACCCCAACACGCUAAUGAGCGUGCCUGAUGACCAGUUUGAUUAUUUAUUCAAAAUAGUUCUCAUAGGAGACUGCGGUACCGGUAAAACAUGUAUAGUGCAGCGUCUUAAAUCAGGAAAUUUCAUCGAAAGACACGGAAAUACUAUAGGCGUAGACUUUUCUAUGAAAACAUUAUUAGUCGACGGAAAGAAAGUCAAGCUGCAAAUUUGGGAUACAGCAGGCCAAGAACGUUUCAGGACUAUCACUCAGAGCUACUAUCGGUCUGCAAAUGGAGUCAUUAUCGUUUAUGAUAUCACAAAACGUUCAACAUUUUUGUCCCUGCAAAAAUGGAUUGAGGAAGUGCGUCGGUAUACGUCCUCCAAUGUUAUAGUAUCUCUAAUUGGAAACAAAUGUGAUCUAACAGAGCAAAGGGAAGUUGAAUCAGAUGAACCAAAAUCUUUUUGUCGAUAUGUCCCGGAGAUAAUGUUUGUAAUGGAAACAUCAGCCAAAGACAAUACCAAUGUUGAAGAUACAUUCCGAAGUCUGGCUACAGAGCUGAAGAGACAACAUGACAACAGUGAAGGCCCACCAGCCGAAUCGGAUUCAGUAGUACUUGGAGAAAGCCAUUCAAUUUCCAGAUGUCAACCUUGCCGCUCCUCCUAAAUUUCUGCUCAUAGUUAAUUAUUUGACUAAC